AUGAUCUUGCCAUAUCUGUUAGAUCAGGCAGAGCGUCUGGGCAUCGGUAUUGCACUGGUGGUCACCGUGCUAGGUGCGCUUUAUCUAUGGCAACAAGCGGUAAAAAAUGUGGGCCCCAAUAAUAUGUUGCGCAAUUUCAAUCUGCGACAAUCACAAGAAAUCGGCGGUGCUGAUUAUCCAGACGGCAAAAAUGACAUUUACAGCACGUUCGAGGGCGACGUGUCGCGCAAUGUUAAGCCGUACAAGAUUAAUUUAAUCUAUCCGGCGACGGAACGUCAUGUGCUCAAGCACACAGACCAGAGCUAUCAUAUGGUAGUGGAGACUAAGGAGGCGUAUCGAAUGAUCACGAAGGCAUAUAUUGAAAGCAUUCCUGCGGACAAUGUGGAGUGGGUCUACAAUAUUUUGGACCAUAAGAGCGAGACGGAGCGGAUUGUAUACGAAGACUCACACCCUUGCACCGGCUUCGUUCUAUUACCCGAUUUUAAGUGGUCAGAUCCAUCAAAGCUGGAAUCUCUCUACUGCUUAGCAAUUGUCCGUGACCGCUCUCUGAGAUCGCUGCGUGAUUUGUCUGGCUCAAACCUCAAGCUGCUGAGAAACAUUCGCAAUGCUGGCCUCGAGGUUUUGAGGGAAAAAUUUGGCGUAAAUCCAAGUUCUAUACGUAUGUACUUGCAUUACCAACCGACGUACUACCACCUGCAUGUCCACUUCUCACACGUGAAGAUGACUCAAGGGACCCUCGUGGGCAAGGCGGUACUGCUUGAGGACGUGAUUUACAACUUGUCGGUGAACAGCGAUCACUACAAAAAUGCGACGCUCUCAUUUGUGAUCGGCGAACUGCAGCACAAGCAGCUAUUCGAACUCUAUCGCGAGAAGCAUAUCAUUUAA